AUGACCAUCUCAAAUACAUUAAUAAUAUUCUCUUUAUUGCUAUCUGUAUCCUAUGCUCAGAGACAAUUCACAUUCACCAACUAUUGUAAUGUGACUGUUUAUGUUGGCGCUCUUGACAAUCCAGGUUUCCAACUUCCAAUGGGUGGCGGAUGGGCUCUAACCCCAGGUGACUCCAACAUUAUCUCCCUUCAAGACAACUGGCAAGGCAGGUUCUGGGGCCGUACCGACUGUGACUUUGACUCCAAUGGCAAUGGCUACUGCCAGACUGGUGACUGCGGUGGCGUCCUUCAAUGCAACGGUGCUGGUGGCAACCCUCCAGCCACACUCAUCGAGAUGACCCUGUCAGGCAAUGGCAACCAAGACUAUUAUGACGUCAGUUUGGUCGAUGGCUAUAAUCUCCCAGUGGCAUUUGGACCCGAUGCACCAACCUCCAACGAUUACAACUGUACUUUGGCAGGAUGUGUUAGUGAUCUCAAUGACAUAUGUCCCUCCGACCUCCAAGUGGUCUACAAUGGACAGGUUGUUGCAUGUUUGAGUGCUUGUGAGAAGUAUGGCAGUCCACAAUAUUGUUGUACAGGUGCCUACUCUACUCCACAAACAUGUCAGCCCACAACCUACUCUGAGAUCUUCAAGAAGGCAUGUCCCAAUGCAUACUCCUAUGCCUAUGAUGAUCACACCUCCACCUUUACCUGUCCAGGUCAAUACAACUACAAUGUUAUAUUCUGUCCAUAA